GGAGGAAGAAGAGGAGGAGGAGGAGGAUGAUUUAAAACAAAACACACCAAUACACACUCACACACACAAACCAACAACCUCGCAGCAGCCCGGGGGAACCAGGCGGCCCCGAACUCCUCCGGAGUGAAGACCAAUCCCCCCAAGCCAGCCGGGAGGACCUCUUCAUUGUGGAUCGCGACCGUGCGCUGGCCUCCCCCUCCCCUUCCCCAGCCGGGUCGCCAUGGAAGAACUUACCGCGUUUGUCUCCAAAUCUUUUGACCAGAAAAGCAAAGAGAGCAGCGGGGGCGGUGGUGGUGGUGGUGGCGGCGGCGGCGGAGCAGGAGGAGGCAAUGGCCACAAGAAGGAGACUAUCACCUACCGGGAAGUUUUGGAGAGUGGGCUGGCGCGGUCGCGGGAGCUGGGCAGCUCGGAGGCCCCCAGCCUGCAGGAGCUAGCCGAGAGUGGAGCCCACUGCCCGGUGCACCUCUUCAAGGACCACGCCGAGAGCGACAAGGACAAGCUCAAAGACUUCAACCACGCCAGCAGGACCUCGGAAGGGAUCUAUGAGUGCAAAGACAAGCGGGAAGAGGUGAAAUCGGAAGACGAGGAUGGCCAGACCAAGCUGAAGCAAAGGAGAAGUAGAACCAAUUUCACACUGGAGCAACUGAACGAGCUGGAGAGGCUUUUCGACGAGACGCACUAUCCGGAUGCCUUCAUGAGAGAGGAGCUGAGCCAAAGGCUGGGGCUGUCGGAAGCCAGGGUCCAGGUUUGGUUCCAGAACCGAAGAGCCAAAUGCCGAAAACAAGAGAACCAGAUGCAUAAAGGUGUGAUCUUGGGGACGGCCAGCCAUUUAGACGCUUGCCGAGUGGCCCCUUACGUCAACAUGGGCGCCCUGAGGAUGCCUUUCCAGCAGGUAGCUCACCUGAAUGUAGGGCUCCUUUCAUCACAGGUUCAAGCUCAGCUGCAGCUGGAAGGCGUCACCCAUGCCCACCCUCACCUCCACCCUCACCUGGCUGCUCAUGCCCCUUAUCUGAUGUUUCCUCCACCCCCUUUUGGACUCCCCAUCGCCUCCUUGGCAGAUUCCGCCUCUGCAGCUGCAGUAGUAGCUGCGGCUGCAAAGAGCAACAGCAAGAAUUCCAGUAUCGCUGACUUGAGGCUCAAGGCCCGGAAACACGCUGAGGCCCUGGGGCUUUGACAUUUCCUUCCCAGAAACCUUUUUAUUACCAGGGAUGGACAAUAGCUCUUUCCUCUAUCCAGUCUCUGACCCUGGCUGGGAUUAGGACAAUUGCUACCUUUUAAAAGGCCUGCGAGUCCUUGUAGACAGGAUCAGCACUGGGCUUUCCUUCCCUCUUGUUCUCUUCUCCUUUGUUUUGUUCAAAGAUGUCAGCAAUUUAUUCAGUUGAUCUGAGGACUGAAGGACCUACUAGCCUAACCUAUUUUUAAAAAAUUAUUUCAAAAAGCACUUAGUGCUGUUUGCAGUUAAACUGUUCUUCUGCCACCAGAUGCAUAAUGCUAGGGGUGAAAUCAGUCUGAAUCCUAGUUAUAAGUAUCAUUUUUUAAAAAAAUACAGAAAACCUUUGGAGGAAAGCAGAUGAAGGAAAAAUUCUCCAGAUCACAUCACAAGGCAUCCCUGAAUCUUGGGACAACUGGAGUUUGACCCUGGCCAAAGUGAUGAUCAUGUUAGCCCAACACCAUUUGCUGCUGCCAGUUUUGCUACUUUGUGCAUGUGCCUAACUUUAAACACCGUUUGAAAAUCACCAAGUAUACUGAAACAAAAGAAAAUAAGAAGCUUAACAAAAUUCAUGGGGCUGGUCUCCAUUAAGAUGACUUUUCUUCUUUGUUGCCAACAGUAUUAUUUCAAUCUCAUGAAUCUCUUCCACCACUAAGGAGCUGCUGCAGAACUGGUUUGAAUUUAAAUGUGGAAUUUCAGAUCUGAGACAAGGCAGUGUUCUUCUCUAAACAAAGCAGCAAUAACACAAAAGGGUGUCCAAAUAACUAUAUCCUUCACAAGGAGCAACAAUGACAACAACAAAAUAUGCAUGUGAAAAAGAAAGACACCCAAAUUAGUGGUGAGCCAAAUGACGGGAACAAUUAUGAAGACAUCUGUUUUACUAAGAACCACCUGAACAAGCUGAAAUGCUUGUGCCAUGUGAACAGGUUUACUUCACCAUUUUUAUUUCCAGAUUUCUGGAUCUUUACAGAAAGCCUUCUUGGUUUACAGGAUCUAGAGUGGUUGAUUCAUUUGUCAAAGAUGGAUGCAGUUUUAAAAGCAUAAUACUGAUGCAGCAUUAAUUUUAGUGAAAUGCAAUUAAGUGCAGUAAAGUGCAAUACUGUAAAUAUUAUAGAUUAAAAGGGAAAAAAAUAGCCGCACAUUCUUCUUUUGUUCAUAACCAACUCUGCAGGAACUGAAACCUGGUCCUAUGUGUUCAGACCUGGGAAUUGCCAUUUGUUGCCAAAAUGAUAUAGUCUGAGCCUUCUACAGAUUGGUAAAGAAAUAUGAAUUACAUAUAUAAAAGAGAAUUGCCAUGAUUUUGAAUACAGUUCAUGUGUCAUAUUUCUGGGAAUUAAGUUCAAAUGUCUGUAUUAAUUAUUAUAAUUAUAAUUGUUAUUAUUAUUUGGGAAUUGUUUUAAAAUAAGGAAACAACAACCCGUCAAUGUCAUGUAGAGGUGGACAAGUUCAGUGGUUUUUAAGGGGAGGGAGGAUUAACGCCAAAUGCAAGCUCAUUGGAGCUUAUCAGCUGGUAUGAAUUUAGUAAUACCACUCUUAGAAAUUGAGGAUAAUUACCAAAGUGUCUAAGUUUAUUAUACCCACUCACUCACUCAUUUACAUGCAAAUUCCUUUCAACCAAUUUAUUAACUGGUUCUUCUUCUGGAAACAAAUACUGCUCUUGUCGACUUCUAAAUCUUUUUGCAUUUGAUAUUGAAGUCUCAUUGAUGGAAUCUUUGCCUCUCAACAGCAUAAAGUCCUUAAGUCUGUUCUGUUGGCCCUCAAGUGUAUUUCUGUUUUUUUUAAGCAAUCCAUUAGGGUUUGGGAGGGGUUUUUUGGUUGAUAUUGUUUAGUGUCCAUAGAACAGUAAUCUAUUACAUUUGCUAAAAAGUCAAUAUUUUCAGUUUUUGCUCUUCAUUUUGGGAUUUUCUUACCAGCAUGUAAUCUCAUUGUUCUCCUUUCUCAGUAUAUUUAUUAUGUGCAAAGCUAUUAUAUUAUGGACAUGUUUUAAGAGUUGAUACAUUUUACCUGACUUUCCUACCUCUUUGUGAAAGCCCCAGUACCUCUUUAUGCCAAGUGGAAACAUAAAAUUAAAUAUAGCUGCAGCUGUCCUGCACACAAAAUGCAUGUACAUAUGUCACAUGGAAGAAAGUGUGGUGGUAUCAAUGCAUAACAAUCUUAAUGCUGGCUUCAUAGAGGCCACAACAUCCUACAACUGGGAAUUGUACUCUUGUAAGCUUUAAUGAAAGUUCUGUGAUGUCUUGAGUGCCCUCACAAAAAACUACAAUUCCCAGGGCCUCUUAGAGAGCAGUGAUGACAGUUAACCUGGAUUUAAGUGUGUAGUGUGGAUGUGCCCUUAGAUGUUGGCUGUUCUCUGCAGAGUUACAGCCAAAGGACAUAAUCUGUGAGGAAUGCCUUGUGUGAAAACCCUACUGAAUGAAACCAGUGGGGGUGGUACAAAAGGUAGGACUGUGGAUUGUGCUCUGUGCUACAGAACCUUGGAAAAGCCAGCUAGUAAGUGCUUUAUGAAGCUGUAUGUAACACCAAGUAGAUGGGUGCAAACUUUAUAACAACAAUAAUAGAUAAUCAUAUAGUGGAGCCUUUCCUAAACUGCUGUCCCCCAGUUGUCCAAAACUACUAGAGGGUACCAGGUUGGGAAAAGCUUAUACAAUACAACAAAAAUGACAAAUAAUUUCUUCCUUUUCUCAUACAGCUCUGCUUUGAAUAAAUAGAUAGGAAAAGGGAACUGUUUAGGUCUAAUUAACAUCAGUGCAGUCAAUGCAUUCUCUUUUAAUUCACAGCAAAGAAGCACUAACCUAUGGUAGUGCCCAAUUUUGCUGGACAUUCAUAUAUGACAGAUCUUUGCCACUUGAGUUGGAAUCUGAUCCCACCCCACGACUAAAUAAAGUACACAUGACAUAAUGCCUAAUUAAUACAUAUACUAUCUAUGACAGGAUUACCUGUUUCAAAAGGAGGUACCCAUCUCUCAGACUCUGAGCUUGCCUUUAACUGUAGAAAUGAAUUUGUCCUUGAUUGAGUUUGAUGGCCAGUCAUAAGCCAUACACCAGGAAUGGGGAACUUGUUGCCCUUCAGAUAUUUCUGGACAACACCACCCAUCAUCCCUGACCAUUGGCCAUGCUGGCUAGGACUUAUGGGAGUUGUAGUCCAACAACAUCUGAAGGGCCACAGGUUCUCCAUCUCUUUCAAGGACUAAUGGGACUUUCAGAUGACCCUAUUAAAUAGGUCUCUUUUGGCCCCUUUAAACUGGGCCUAAUGGGGAGAUUUUCCAAAGCAUGAAAGGCAUGUGCCUGGCACUAGUGAAAUUGGUGGGAGUUGUGUUGACCCACCAUUUUGUGCUUUUGAAAUCU